GAAAUUGAGCCAAAGUUGAAGUAUGAACGGCUGGCAAAUGACUUGACAACUAUACUUCACAAAGAUGCUGCAAGUUGUAUUGCGGUGCAUCCAAAGUUUUUGGCUCUUGGAACUCACUGGGGGAUGAUUCACAUCCUAGAUCAUAUUGGGAACAAUAUAAGGGACAAGGAGAUUGUGGCGCAUACAACCACAGUAAACCAGAUCAGUAUAGACGACAAUGGCGAUUAUUUGGCAAGCUGCUCAGAUGAUGGACGGGUGAUUAUAACAGGCCUUUAUGCAACUGAGAACAACCAAGUGGUAACCUUUGAUAGGCCUGUCAAGGCUAUUGCUCUAGAUCCAUUUUAUUACAAACCUGCAAGUGGACGACAGUAUGUGACUGGAGAUGACAAAUUAAUUCUGAAUGAAAGAAGUGGAUUUCUUGGUCGUCACAAAAUGACUGUUCUCCACCAAGGUGAAGGACCAAUCCGCAACAUCAAAUGGGGUGGAGAGUUCAUUGCUUGGGCCAACAAUAAUGGUGUGAAGGUUUACGAUGUCAGCUCUAAGACAAAGAUAACUAAAAUUGACAAGGAUCACGAUAUGCGUCCUGAGUUGUGUGUUUGUCAGCUCGUGUGGCGGGAUACAAAAACAUUGUUGAUUGGCUGGGGAGACAGAGUGAAGAUAUGUGUUGUUAAAGAGCAGAACAAGGCAGACAUGAAAGAAAAUCUACCAACAAGAUAUGUAGAAAUUAUUGCCAUGUUCACAACAGACUUCUUGAUUUGUGGUAUUGCACCACUUGCCACCAACAUUGUUGUGUUGUCAUAUGAUAAAUUAGGAGAAAAGCAAGAGGGAGGACGUUAUGUUGCCAGCAGACCACAUCUGCAGAUUCUGGAACCCCAUAUGAAAUCCUUUGAGGAAAUUUCCAAUGAUGCUCUCUCAAUCCGGGGCUUUCAAGAGUACAGGUGUAAUGACUAUCAUUUAGAAUCCAUUGCUGAGGAGAAUCUGUACUUCAUUGUCAGCCCAAAAGAUGUUGUUGUUGCUCGACUUCGUGACCAGGAUGAUCACAUAACUUGGCUGAUGGAUCAUGGAAGAUAUGAAGAAGCAAUGGCUGCUGCUUCAGAACACAGCAAGGAACUGAAAACCCAUUCCUAUUUUGCCAUUGGACGAGCAUAUUUAGACUAUCUUUUAGAAGAGCAGGAGUACGAGGAAGCUGGCCGCCUUUGUGUGAAGAUUCUGGGCAAGAAAAAGGAAUCCUGGGAAGAAGAAAUUUAUAAGUUUGCCAAGAUACACCAGUUGAAGGCAGUUGCACCUUACAUCCCAAGAAAAGAUCCAAGGCUCAGCACAACCAUUUAUGAGAUGGUUCUCAAUGAGUUUCUGAACUCUGAUUAUGAAAGAUUCUAUCAGCUCAUCAAGGAGUGGCCACCUGAUUUGUAUGAUAAUGACUCCAUUAUAAAUGCCAUUCUUGUCCGUCUAGACAAGGAGAGGAAUCCACAACUUUUGUUGCAGAGCUUAGGCCAGCUCUAUGCACAUAAAAGAGCAUAUGACAAGGCACUAGACAUUUAUUUGAGAUUAAAACAUCAGGAUGUCUUCCAGCUGAUCCAUGACCACAACUUGUAUGACAAGAUCAGUGAUAAGAUCACACAACUCAUGGAUCUAGAUCAGAAUAGAGCAGUCAAGAUGCUACUGGACAACAUUGAGAUAAUUCCGGCUGAAAAAGUGGUCCAACAACUAAGCAAGUCACAGAGAUACCUGUAUGUGUACCUAGAUCAAUUGGUCCAACGUGACCUGCAGGGGACACAAGGAUAUCAUGGACAACUAGUCAGGUUGUAUGCAGAAUUUGAUCGUCCAAAGCUCCUUCCGUUUCUCCGUCGCAGUGAAUUCUACCCACUGCAGACUGCUUGGGAAGAGUGUGAGGCAAGAGAUUAUAUUAAAGAGCAGGUUUUUUUACUAG